UAUACAGUCUCCGCUCCUUCGAGUAAAUAAUAUUUUAAGAACAGUGAAUAUGUCCAGGAAGUGUUGUGAAAUUGGUCUACAAUUUAUAUUUUUGAUAUCUUUAGUUGAAAUCAGAGGACAGUGGACAUCAUGGUCAAGUUGUUCAAAGUCUUGUGAUGUAGGAACGCAGAUUCGAACAAAAAUUUCUGACGGGAGUACCACACAAGAGGAGCAGUUUUGUAAUCUACAGUAUUGUCCUGACCUCCGUGUACGUUGCACUGGAAGAUAUUGUCAUGAGUUCGAUGGUAUGGCCGAUUGUAUAAGUAACGUUUGUAUUUGUAAAGUGGGGCGUUACUCGUAUCCGUAUGACUACAGCAGAUACUAUAACAAAUAUAACUGCUAUCCUGAAGUUGGAAACUGCAUCAUUCGACAGAGUCCACCAUUUGCUCUGGCUCAAGUUCAAUCGUUGAAAUAUGGAUACACGUUACGGGGAUGUGUUGCCAAUGAUAACCCUGACUAUGAAGUACACGUGAUUGGAAUUUAUGGAGAUCCUUUCUCUGGGUACGAUAUUGUGAUACGUCAAAGAGGGGAAGUCACAAAGCCUAUUGUUCUUGUGUUAUCGUCAUACGAAGCAACCUACUGGUGGAUUGACACAAGUGUUCACAUACAUUCCGUUAUUUAUGGAAGCACUAGAGAAUACCCAUCUAAACCUAUAAAUUUUGUUGAUGGCUCAAAGUGUGGUGCUUCAAACAUUGUAAAGUGGGAAGGUUUUGGAUCCGCCGAUGGAUCCGAUACCGGAGGAGGGAACACAGUCAAAGUUCUACUAGACAUAGAAAGAGUUUAUGGACCCGUGACCUCCUUUUCUGGUGUUUACACGCUGUACUCCCCUAGAAUCAUCAAACUGGAGGUGGGAGGAAAUCCACUACAGAAACCUCCAAUUAAUGGAUUUAAG